AUGUCUCUUAAAAAAAUAUUUAGUGAAAAAAUAUUGCUCCGAUAAUUCCGAGGCAAUAUGCAAGUGAUCUCAACAAUAGAACGUGUUAGAUUAAAUUAUGCAGCCUCAACUAUUGGCUUCAUCGUACUUUAUACAUUCACCGUCGCAACAUUCUCAGCAGAGUUCUUAAAACUAUGGCUACAUUCAAUUUAUUUUAUUGUCGCCGAGAUGAUCAAACUUGUAAUUAUCCAAAAAUACUAUGGGCUUGACUUAAGCUACAGUCAGGAAGGAGUGAGAAAGAAAAGAAGUAAUAAGGUUGGAGACAGUAUCAAAUUUGCUGUUUUAAUGAUUAUGACGAUAUUUUUUUAUGCAUUUAUUUGCGUUAUUAUGGGUGCACCUCCACUUACACAUGUUGAGGAAACGUUGACGCUCUCAUCUCUUUUAACUGCACUUACCAUUUUUCCCAUUUCGUUGUUUAUUGGAGUGUCAGGAACAUUGGGAAUUCUUUUCACAGAAACUUUUGAACUUGUCAAUGUAACUAGUCAGGAAUAUUUGAAGUUACUGCAACGAAAUGCUUAUCUAGUCAUUUUUGGAGCAUUCAUUGGAUCAAUCGCAUUCCCGCUAGAUUGGGAUCGUCCAUGGCAAGCAUAUCCGAUUCCGAACAUCACCGGAGCAAUCACUGGGCAAAUGCUUGGAUGCUUCUACUGCUUUUUUGAAACUAUGGUUCGAUAUAAGCUUGGUAAAAAGUACCGUUAAACGCCGCUGUAGUUCCUAGAAUGUAAUUCAAACUUCAAGCCAAAUUAGCACAAAUAAAGCACCAACCACUUUAUUCAAUUUGACGAAAGCUUA